CCUUGACACCCAUGGGAGCAACGUAGCAUUGAUUCAAAAUGGCGGAAAAACAAUCAGUUAUUGGUUCUGGACGUGUUAUUCAUUCAAAAUACGAAGGUUCACACAAAAAAUUAAUAUGCGUUAGCUUAUGUGCAUUGGUUGGAGCUCUGAAUUUCGGAAUCAGCAUCGGUUACAGUUCGCCCUCAAUUCCCAGUAUGAUCAAAAGAGGCGUACUAAGUAAGGACGAAGGCAGUUGGUUCGGGUCUCUGCUCACCAUCGGUGCACUUCUCGGUGGACCCCUCGGAGGAUGGUUAAUCGAAAAGAUCGGCAGAAAAUUGUCACUUACAGUUUUGUCAGUUCCAUUCUCUGCUGGUUAUUUCAUUAUAGCGUCUGCCUCUGAGAGCUAUCAAUGUUACUUUGGACGUUUUCUGACCGGAGUAGGAAGUGGAAUGGUGACAGUCUGUGUGCCUAUUUACAUAGCAGAAAUAUCGACCACCUCAAUGAGAGGAAUUCUCGGAUCUUGUGUCCAGUUGAUGAUUACAGUAGGCAUUGCUACUUCCUAUAUUCUUGGAAUGUUUUUUGAAUGGCGGUGGAUGGCAAAUUUAUGCAUCAUACCUUCUAUAGUUGGUGGAUUUGUGACAUUUUUUAUCCCUGAAACUCCGCGUUGGCUACUAAUGAAAAAUCGCAAAACAGAUGCUCUUGCUUCAUUGCAGGCUUUGCGAGAUUUACACACAAAUGUUAUUGAAGAAUGCAGGGAAAUGGAAGAUGGCUCUGACCCUGAAGAAAUAGUAUCAUUGAGUGAAAUAAUUAAGAAGCGUGAAUUCUUCUAUCCAAUGAUGGUGGUUGUGUUCAUCAUGAUCUUUCAACAAACAUCAGGCAUUAAUGCUGUCAUGUACUUCACUGUCUCUAUAUUUGAAUCUGCAGUUGGGGAUUUUGCAUACACAGCAACAGUUAUUGUUGGAAUUGUUCAGAUACUUGCAACACUUGCAGCAGUUUAUUUAAUGGACAGAGCAGGACGACGCAAACUUCUUCAACUGGGUGGCCUUAUAAUGGCCUUCACCCUUUUCUGCUUUGGGUUAUACUACACACUUACAUCUGCCGGGUCAAUUAGCAAUGUAUUUUUGAAAACUUGGUUGCCUGUGCUUUGCCUCACAUUUUUUAUCAUUGGGUUUUCCCUAGGCUGGGGCCCCAUUCCUUCCCUCAUUAUGUCUGAAAUCAUUCCAACUCGAUGCAAAGGGAUUGCAGGAUCAGUAGCUGUUGUUGCAUCAUGGGGAUCAGCUUUUAUUGUAACAAGUCAGUUCUCAUAUAUGCAAGAACUUAUGGGCAUCUCUGGUGUUUUUUACCUCUAUAGCACUUGUUGUUUAAUUAGUAUUUGGUUUGUGUUUAAAUAUGUCCCUGAAACUAAAGGGAAAUCACUUGAAGACAUAGAAUUACAUUUUGUUGGGAAAUCAUUGAUUUCAGUCUAAUUGGUUAUUUAUCAGUUUGUUACUUUAUGGUGUGCUAUUUCAUUGGUUUUAACAUCAGUUAUGUAUAUAGUAAAUUGUAUUUUCAUGUUAAAAAAAAUGAUCAUGCUCAUAGAUUGGGUAAUUUGAAUGCCUUUGGUUCAAAUCUUGAAUAUGAAUUAAACCUAUUUUUUUUGUCUAUAAAUGAGGACUUCAAUUUCACUCAAAUGCUACUUAGACAUGGUGUGUCAUUGUGUUGGACAUGGCAGACAUCUUUAUUUGUUUAUGAUUUAAGUCUCCGCGUGAAACCUACUUUGAUUGGCACUUAAAUGUGGACCAAUAUUCUCAUUGAAAACUUAGUAGGCUAUUUUUUAAAAAUAAAAAUUAAGUCUUAUUCGUUUAUGUCUGUGUUAAUAUUUUAAAAAAAUUAUUGUACUGAAUACAAUGUUUGAGUUAAAUUUCAUUUCACUGAACAUCGUUUACAAAUUAAUUUUUAAAUUAUCAUUAAAAAAAGAAUGUGUAGUGCUCCUUUAAGAUUUAUGUCAUGUGGCCAUUUUUAUUUUGCAUUUGUAUAGUCCACAUAUUUUAUGUGGUUGUUAAAAUUAUUUAUUUUGAACUAAACAUUAUGGCUGAAAACAUUUUCUUUAUGUGAUACUGGUAUAUAAAAUACAAUGCUGCUGUAAAACUUAAUAAACAAACAUGACUGAACCUUCAUGACAUUUUUUUGUGUUAAACAGGAAUUUUAUAUCAGACACAACACAUUUAUUAAAUUUUUUAAAAAUCUAUAAUUUAUAUAUAUGUCAUUUAUUUUACAUAGAAUAAGACUCCCAAUAUGAAAAAAAAAUUUCUUCAUUUUGUAAAUUCAAUGUUUUUUCCUAACAUAUUUUUAAAAAGUAGCUUUAUGUUAAGUAGCUUUACUGAAAAUUAUAAACUAUUCCAAUAAUAAAUUAAAUGAUUUAUAACAGCUUUUAAUAUUUAAUGAAAUCUUUAUAUACUUUUCUUACAUAGACAAUGAUUAGUAUUGAGGCAGGAAAUCCUACCUAUAGAUAUAAAAAUUAAAUUGUAAGAAGAAAUAUAUUUUUUUUGUAGAUACUGGUAUCUAGAAAAAAAUAUUCUUUACUUUAUCUGUUAUAGCCUAGUAGUAAUAAGUUAUCAUCUAUAAUUAAUUGAAAUCUAGAUUUGUUAAAAUUUCAUUAAAUAAUAAUAAAAAAAAUAUACUUCAGUUGCUACAUACCCAUUACUUGUAUAUUUUUUGAGUGUAUAAAACCUUUUUCCACUAUUCAUAUAUCAUGAUGUGAGUGAUACAGUAGUAUAGCAUUAGAUUUAGAUGUAGGGAAAGAUAAAAUACUUGAGUGACUAAAGUCUUAUAGUAUCUAUUAUAGUAUCUAUUAGGGUACAUAAAUCGUUAAAUAUCUUGAGAUUCCUUAUUGUUGAAGUCAGUUAUUAGUACUUUGUAUGUUAUAAAAUUACAUUAUGUUCUAGAUCUGGAUCAUGCAUAUAUAUUUUUCUUUAUUGAUUUUGAAUAGCAUCGACUUUUUUUUUAUGUGAGUAUUGAAGUUGAUGCUUUGAUUCUCAUAUUAUUGAAAUUGUUUUUUCAAAUAAAUUUAAUGCAUGCUAAAGGAUUAUUGAUCAAGAUUACAUUUUGGGAAUUUUUUUUCAUUAUUUCUUAGUGGGCCGACUAUUUCAUAUUUAUUAGGUCAAUAAGUUGACCUUUGAGUAGUAACCAACUCCAUUUUGAAUUUUCCUUGUUGCUACUAUAUGUUUAAGUAGAAUAGAAUCUUUAUGUUAAAGUUUUAAUAAUGAUGAGUCAAAUUGCUCCUUGCUUUUGAUGACAAGAUGACGAUUGCAGAUUUUAUUUGAUUUGCCAUUGAAGACUCAACUGUGAUUUAGUUAAUUUUUCACAAUUACCAUUACAAUUAAGCCAUAUUGCUUUGUUAUGGGGAAAAGGGUAUGAUGAUUUUAAGGUUUUCCUUGAGGCUCCCCUAAAGAACUGUGAUGCAAUAUUGGAAUUCACUGAAUAAUUUUAAGUCAAUCAAUUACCCAAGUAAAGCCUGAUGCACAUGAAAGAUUUUUUUUUUAAUCCGUUUAACUUAUAAACACUAUACCAAAAAACACAAAUAGUUUAUUGAAAACCUCUCCAGUUAAUUCUUUCAAUAAAUAGUAUGAUUUGUUGUUGUUUUCAGAAAUGUUGACCUAGGGUACAUAUUAAACAAUAUUAAAAUUAAUAUACAUUUCAUGAUGCCUUUUAUUUUAGGGAUAUAGAUGCUUAUGUUUAAUGUAAAUCUCUUUUAAUAUGAUAUUACAAACCAUCCCAUAGUAAUUGAUGAUAUUGCUUUACAUUGGGACAGUGUAACCUUACAAAUAAAUUUUUUUUUUCUAAUUAUUUGUUAAUGUACAAGUACUAAGUGUAUAUAUUUAAACUAAGAUAAUUUAGAGGCAAAAUUUUUAGCAUUUCAUCUAUUGUGCUACAUACAUGUAUGCAGAAAUGAAGUUUUCAAAGUGACAUGCUCAAACAAUUUAUUUUAAACCUGAUUAAUUAUUUAAGACCCAAAGAAGGGCCCUUGCCAAAGAUAGGCGCAGACAAUGAAAAGAAAGCUUAAGAAGACACCCCCACCCCCUUUUUCUUCCAAAGUUGCACUGGGUGUGAGUGGUCAUGUCAAAUACCGCAGUCAUCCUUAAUUUUCUAAAUCGAAGACAAUGCUCAUAUAUAUAUAUAUAUAUAUACAUUCUUAACAUAAUUGUGGACCAUUUCAGUUGACGGAUGACUGCCUCUUGCAGCCAUGUAAUGUGUAUAAACAAAUAAUUUGGAAUGUUACAUGUUUGGGUUAUUGAAAAUUAAGGCCUUCUUGUGGCAUGGUGUAAUUGUGUAUAUUUUUGUAAUUAUAGGUUUUUAUUAAAACAAAAAAUAAAUGUAAUUACAGUAGAGAUUCUAAAAAUAUUUUAAACAAUCCUAACUACUGGUCAUGCUUAUAGUUUUGCCUAAACUAUUUGGUUUUGUUAUGGCAGUUUCAGUAUUGGUAUUUUUUUCACUUAAAUUUUUUUUUUCAGACGAGUUUUUAUUUGUAUUGGUAUAAAACAACACAAAUAUUAUUAUAUUGUUAAUGUUGAUUUUAAAAUAUGGAAAAUAUUUUUCAAUAAAAUAUAAAGUGGGAUAAAA